UCUACAGCUUUAGCCCACUCAGAAUCUACAGUACUUGGGGUGGGGAAUGGGAGUGGACUAACAAUAUCAGAACAGUGCACAGCUUACUGAGGGGAAGCUGAGAGACCCUAGAAAAUCCUAGUUAUUUCCUUCCAUUUUUACAAUCUGGUGCCAAAAAUAACAUCACAGCCUUUACCCACAUCUGUCUGUCCUGAUUUCUGAAGUUUUAAACUUUGGGUAACCUGUCUGGCUGGACACCUGCCACACAUGCUGCAGGCAGACUCAGGAGGUAAGGCACUGCUGUCCAGGAAAGGAGAAUUCUGAAGGAUUGGGAGGAAGAAUGGAUACUUUCCUCUUUGUGUUUGCUGCUGGUACACUUCUGAGGACAACACUCAGCUGUCCAGAGCCCUGCUCUUGUGUAGACAAAUAUAACCAACAGUUUACUGACUGUACCUACAAGAAGCUACAGAAGGUUCCAACAGGUUUCCCUUCCAAUGUUACCACCCUCAGUCUUUCAGCCAACAAAAUUAGCUCACUAACGAAGUCUAACUUUGUGGGAACGACUCAGGUGACAUCACUAUGGCUAGCUCACAAUGAUAUUAGUGCAAUAGAAAAGGGUACUUUGGCUACUUUGAAGCAUCUUAAAAAUUUGGAUAUUAGUCACAAUCAACUGGUGGACUUUCCCUGGGAGGAUCUAGCCAGUCUCCCUGCCCUUCAACUAUUAAAAAUGAACAACAAUCGCAUGGUCAACCUACCACUGGAUGCUUUUGACAACUUAAAAGAUCUGCGAUCUCUCAGAAUAAAUAACAAUCAUUUCUCUGUCAUUAGGGAAGGAACUUUUAAACCUCUUGUUUCACUUCUACACAUCCAGAUCUACAACAACCCCUUCCACUGCACUUGCUCAUUGAUGUGGCUUAAAAAAUGGUCUGAAGAAGCUCAAGUCACUGUGGCAGAAAAGGACUUAAUUGCAUGUGCUUCUCCUGAAGAAUUCCAAGGGAAGCCACUUUCUGAAAUUCCAAAUUUGGAAUGUGAAGUUCCUACUGUGCAACUCAGCUACCACCCCAACCUAGACAACACAGAGUUAUAUGAUGGAUUUACUCUCACUUUGCAUUGUCUGGUCAGUGGUAGCCCCAAACCAACAAUCCAAUGGAAAGUUCGCAAUGCUACUCAAGAGGUGGAAAUUAAACUGUCUACUGAUUUGCCCAGAGCUGAGGUCUCCGGACACUUUCUGGUUUACCAAAAUGGAACACUGGUAAUUCCUCAUCUUAGCAAGAAACUAGAAGGAGCCUACACUUGCAUAGCCACAAAUGAAAUGGGAAGUAGUCAGAGUUCAGUAAACAUCUCUGUGGCAGGAAGUCAAAAGUAUCCCAUCAAGGUUGAAGAUCCAGCAGCAGGGAAGACACAAACAGAUAGUAAAAAGAUUGCAGCCAAGGAAUCUGUAAAUAGUGUUCUUAACUCAGAUAAAACUGAGGAAAAACUGAAAACUGUCAACUCCACAGCCCAAUCAGUUGGUAAUGAUCAUAGCAUUCUGGAUACUUUAGAGCAUCCUCACUCAAAUGAGAAGAAGUGUGGACCAGGUGUGGGAGGACUACAUGUUUCCAACCAUGCAUUCAAUGACAGCACAAAUCUGAAGCCUCAUGUGUUUGACCUGGGUGUCAUCGCCCUGGAUGUAUCUGAGAAAGAAGCUAAAGUACAAAUUACUCCAUAUAGUACACAGCCAGGGAAAAAACAUCUCAAGAUGCUAUACCUAUGCCAAGAAAGUCCCAAAGGUUUUUCUUUGGUCCAGUGGUCAGAAAUUGAGGAUCAAAUAAAUUCCUAUUGGUUCCAAGGACUUACACCUGGUACUAACUAUUCUGUGUGCCUAACAUACAAAGGAGAAGACUGUCAAAUGCAGGUUGUUUUCACUACCAAAAAGGAAGUCCCCUCCUUGAUAAUUAUUAUUGUGGUGAGCAUUUUCCUUCUUAGUUUGGCUACUAUACCUUUGAUGGGAGCCACUUGCUGUCACCUACUUUCUAAGUAUCAUGGCAAAAAUUAUAAAUUAAUAAUGAAAACCCAGAAAGCAGACCCAAUGGAGAAGCACAUGGCUGCUGAUUUUGACCCCAGAGCUUCUUAUGUGGAGUCGGAAAAGAAUUAUGACCCUAGCGAAGCUGGAGGAGAUGAGGGAGAAGUAGAAGCAGCCCCUGCAGAUGAAGAGGUGGAGAGGGAGAUUGAAGGAAGUGUAUUAGAUGAGGUUCUAACAAGUUCCCAAUCCAACACCAACCAGGAAGAGUUUGAGGUGGGGUCAGAGUACAGUGACAAACUUCCUUUGGGGGCUGAAGCUGUGACCGUUUCUGAAGAGAUUAAUGGUAACUACAAUCAGCCUGCACGCUGAUAUGGCACAAAGAGAUAUCAAGCUAUCAAUUCUCAAUUAAACCAAUUAAUUUAUCCUUGAAUUUAUAGAGGAAUGAGAUCUUCUCUCACCCACCAGCUCUAUAACAUCUGUGGAACCCUCCAAGGAUAAGAUCUUCUCUAGGACAAAUUUCCCAGUUUCUCCAGAAAUAUGUUCAAGAAAAAGAUAUUAUCAGUUGACCAGGAUGAAAAGCAAACAUACAGACCGCCUAAAACCUCCCACGGGGUAAACAGUACUAAUUAUAUCAGUGACUGAUUUCACAACUGUUUGUCAAUGUAAGAAUAUUAGUAAUAGGGAGGAAAUAAAAUCUCCAAACCAAGCUCCAAUGGAAAAAUGCUGUCGGUUAUCACAGUAGAUAGUUCAUAUACGGAUGAUGUACAGAACACUGCACAUCUGUAUGCAUGCCUUGUGUGACGCAUAUGUGUGUGCAUUAAAGUGUUUAUGUAGCAAUGUGUAUAUAUGCCACAUGUUACAAAAAUGUGUACGGUAGGCUAGUCUGUGAUAAAUAUUUGUGGAUGUGUAUUGCACAAAGGUAAGUGCACAGUACAUAUGUAUCUGUAAAUGUAUGUAAGAAAAGUAUUUCUGCAGAGAGCACAUACAGCAUAGAAGGAUGUAUGCCUGCAUAUUACAAAGCAGCUUACAUCUUCCUGUACAGUACACACAAACCUAGAAACAUGUUUAUUUAUGUACAUAGCGAUUGGCCUUGCAUAUUCUAUAACUAGAUAAACAUAUAUUCUGUAAAUGCAUUGGAGACUUGUAUGUAGACUCACUUUUACAAUUUCAUCAAAACAAUGACCUUAAAUUGGUUUAUUUAGUUUUUAAAACAAAUUACAACCAUUUGUAUUCAGCUUAGUUAAUGUUAGUAUAUUAAACCAGGACUGUGAAAUAUAUGAUCAGAUGUUAAUCCUUUGAUAAGUAUAUGUUUUUUUCUGUCACCACUGUCAAUUACAAAACAAAGUCUAGUGAAAUCCCAGGGAGAUCUAAUUACAUUAAAACAAGAGGAUUAUGGGAGAAACGUAGUGAUGAGUGUGGAUCUGGUCUGUGUCUUCUCUGAGCUACAGUACCAUAUAAAAGCUUCAUGCUGUGACUCUUGGGACUACUGUACGUCACCACCCGUCCACUCAUUUCAGAGUCAUAAGGAGGUGACACAGAGUGAACCUUUCAGUGCCAUGAAGAAAUAAUAGCACAAUAUUUAUAGGGUGUUUGCUGAUUAUAAAGUAGAUAUAUAUAUAUAUCUGUUGAGUUAAUGAAUACUCCAACUGAUAGGGUUAAAGAUGCAGGACUGGGAUCUUAGGGGGUCAUUCCGAGUUGUUCGCUCGCUAUGGAUUUUUCGCAGCGCAGCGAUGAGGCAAAAGAUCGGCAUUUCUGCGCAUGCGUAUGCCCCGCAAUGCGCACGCACGACAUACGGGUACAAAGACAAAUGUGGUUUUGCACAAGCUUGAAUGACAAUUCCAAUCGCAAUGGCGACCGCAAGAAGAUUGACAGGAAAGGGGCGUUUCUGGGUGUCAACAGACCGUUUUCAGGGAGUGUUUGGAAAAACACAGGCAUGUCGGAGAAAACGCAGGCGUGGCUGGGCAGACGCUGGGCGGGUGUGUGACGUCAAAUCCAGACAUGAAUAUUCUGAAGUGAUCGCAAGCGCUGAGUAGGUUUUGAGCUACUCUGAAACUGCACAAACUGUUUUUGCAGAGCUCGGCUGCACAUGCGUUCGCACUUCUGCUAAGCUAAAAUACACGCCCCAGUGGGCGGCGGCAUAGCGUUUGCACGGCUGCUAAAAACUGCUAGCGAGCGAUCAACUCGGAAUGACCCCCUUAAUCUUUUAAUGCUUGGUCCAAUGUUAAGUCUGGAGGGCAGCUUUGGGACAUACAGAUGUAGCCUUGUUCAGCUUAGCCACGAUGUGGCAUACUGUAUCGCAGAUUGCUGCAUGGCGCACCACUCUGUGAAUCUUCACAGCCAGCGAUCACUCUAUUAAUUCCUAUGGACAUGAGAACGCAUCCUAUUCUCAGACACACUAGUCGCACCAGCUAUAACGCGGUGCAUACUCAUCGCGCAAAGCUGAGCUUAUGUGCAUCUGUAUAGUUCGUUUUGAAUUUGAACCUAUAUUAUAUAUUUCCUUUUUAGUAUAUUUGGCUCCAGGCAAAGUAUACUAUGUAUUAAAAUAUAAUUGUUAGGAAAUGAGUUGUAAGUUACUUUUUAAACAGUUACUGCCCCUUGGUUUAGUAGCAUAAAAUACAGAGUUGAUCUGCAUUAUGGGGGUAAUUUCAAGUUGAUCGCAGCAGGAUUUUUGAUAGCAAUUGGGCAAAACCAUGUCCACUGCAGGGGAGGCAGAUAUAACAUGUGCAGAGAGAGAGUUAGAUUUGGGUGGGUUAUUUUAUUUCUGUGCAGGGUAAAUACUGGCUGCUUUAUUUUUACACUGCAAAUUAGAUUGCAGAUUGAACACACCCCACCCCAAUCUAACUCUCUCUGCACAUGUUGUAUCUGCCUCCCCUGCAGUGCACAUGGUUUUGCCCAAUUGCUAACUAAAUUCCUGCUGCGAUCAACUUGGAAUUACCCCCUAUGUUACAGGUUUGGUUUCAGGGGUCUCAUGAACAAAACUAUACAUUGAUUGCAUCACAUGUCAACAAGUUGUUGUUGAUUUGAUAAAUGUCCAUAUAAAAAUAAAAAUAUGUAUACAGCUGUCUUCACACAUCUGCCAAAAAGUUUUUCAAGACAGUAAAGUUGUAAUUUACAGUACACACAUAAUGAACACUGUACAUAGACAUAGACACAUUUUCCAUUAAUAUUGCUAUGUUUAUAUACAUAAUGUAUACGUAAUAGUCCUUUUACCUAUUUUAACUGUUACAAAUAAAAAACUGUAAAUCUGACCAUAGUUUUUCUAUAGAAAAAAAUAAGAUAAUUAAUGGAGUUGGUGGUAAUUAAACUUGGACACGUCUAUCUACAGUUUGCUGGCCUUUGUCAAUAACCUCGGACGAAAAAUGCUAAUGAUUAUGUAAAAAGAAACAAAAAAGAGAGAGAAAAUGAGGAUAAAACACGGCUAGAACUGGAAUGGACACCCUGGCAAUCACUUCCUCAAAGUUCUACUUUUUCUACACCUUUUUAUUGUGAAUGUCAGCAACUGGAGCCUGAUUACAGCUUGCUUAGAUACACUUAAAAUGUGAAUAUGUCCCUGAAAGAAAGAAUGUAUAUAUUUACAGUCUAAGCAUAUAUACUUGACCUUUAAGUCAUAAUCGUGCACUUAUUACCAAUUGUAGCUUUUGCUAUGUCUGGAAAAUGUAUGUUAUUUGGCAUCUAUAAGCUUUUUUACCUUUGUACUGAACUGUUUUAUUGUGGGUCAAUACUUGGGAUAACAUUUGGGUGUUACUGUAGUGGUAAUUUGUUUGAGUAUUAACAAUUUUUAUAUAUAUAUACAUAUAUAUAUAUAUAUAUAUAUAUAUAUAUAAAUCGUCAUUUCACAGAGAGUAGUGCAGUGGUGGCCAACCCGUGGCUCUUGAGCCACAUGCGGCUCUUUCUUUAUUCAGAUGUGGCUCCUGACACUCAAAGUCACAUGACCACAACAGAUCUGGAAACUGUUGCAUGCCAGCCAGACAUGCAGCAACACUAUGGGGACGAAGAACUGAGGGAGCCACCGGCAAACAGAGGACAUAUAAGGGGCUGCUGCAAUGGCACGAGUUGGGGGGGCAGCGUUCCUGACAUAUGAGGGCGUACUGCAGUGACGAAAGGGGGAGCUGGCUGGAGUAACACAGGAGGGUCUUGGCAGGAGAGACAAUGGGGGAGUGACACAUUGACACAUGGGGGAGAUGGCUGGAGUAACACAGGAGAGUGCUGGCAGGAGUAGCACAUGGAGGAGCUGGCUUGAGUAACACAGGAGGGUGCUGGUAGGAGUGACACAUGGGGGAGCUGGCAGGAGUGACACAUGGGGGAGCUGGCUGGAGUGACACAGGAGAGUGCUGGCAGGAGUAGCACAUGGAGGAGCUGGCUUGAGUAACACAGGAGGGUGCUGGUAGGAGUGACACAUGGGGGAGCUGGCGGGAGUGACACAUGGGGGAGCUGGCUGGAGUGACACAGGAGGGUGCUGGCUGGAGUGACACAUGGUGCAGCUAAAGUGUAUUAUGUGAAUCUGGCCUUUUCAAUAUACUUUAUGUGUAUCUGGCUUUUUCAGUGUAUUUUAUGUUGGAUCUGGUUUUAAAAUGUAUUUCAUGUAGCUCAGGCUUUUUCAAUGUAUUUUAUAGCAUGGGCAUGGCCUAGCAGGUACAAUGCCACACCCCAUUUUUGUACACGCACCUUCUGCUCAUUGUCGGCUCUUUGACUUACCUAACAAGAUUUUUUGGCUCUUUGUCUCUGACUGGUUGGCCACCCCUGGAGUAGUGUUUUAGCACAGUACUUAUUACAUUAUGGCGUCUUUUAACUGCAAAGAGCAAUAUAAUCCAAUUUAUAAACUUCUGGCUACAGAGGCUUAAGAACCGAUGAGAAACUCACUGGGGAUCAUUUCUGAAAGCAGAAAAUGAGGUGGAGCACAACUAAAGCAAUUGCCUCAUGUUUUGUGAUGUAAUGCAUCUACUUUUGGAUUGAUGCAUCAGGUUACACUGUAUUACUCAUUACUGCAGCAACAAAGCGGAAUGAGCGACUGUUUGCUGAAGAUAUUAGGGGGACGUCACAUGAAUGGCCAGAUAGGUGUGUGCUAUAUGGAAAUGUGGGGUUUCUGCAAUAAUGCACCUGACUGCAUAGAAAUACUAAACCAAUAUUUUAAUUUUACAUUUCUGGGAAGCCUGCAGAGGUUGCAUACAGUACCUUAGCAUAAUGUCCAAAUAUUUGCACCAGGGACGGGCAGUGAGGUAAAUGGCUCAGGAGGGACUGGCUGGUACCAGAGUCAGAUUUACAAACAAUAUAAGUCAAAGGGUUCAUGCGGGCAUUAUACACAGGUGCAGCAGUAUAUAAUGCUGGAAAAUGUGGUGAGUAUUGAUCAGAGAUGUGUGGAAAAGAUAGGCACUGCCUCACCUGCCAUAUAUUUUUUAGAAUUUUGACAAUAAAAAUUAUUAGAUUAAUACAAAGAAGAUAUUCCUAAUAUAUUCUUUGUAUUUUUCAUAUACUUAUUUUGGUCAAAACUCAGGCGUAUAUGUCAGUAUGAAAGGAAAGGCUCUGCCUAACCUGCCUCACCCUACUACACGUCACUGUAUUGCAUGACCCAUGCGGCAGAGGCCUUAUGUACUUGCUUAAUAUUUUCUGUGGUAUGUUGUGGGUUGUUAUUUAUUUUUUUGCACAAUCUAGGUCCAUUUCGAGGCAAAGUGAACUAAUAUGUGCAGAUAAACCCAAAUCAAAUAAAAAGUGUAAAAAGCUGAAAAAA